AUGAGCGAAGAACAAGACAGGAUAAAUUUGGCGAAUGAAAUUUCUAAGCACGAAAAUGAUAUGAAUGAUUACUUUUUGUUGAUCAUGGCAUGGUUUGUGCUCUUGAUGCAGUUUGGCUUUGCGUUUCUAGAGGCAGGAUCUGUAAGAGCGAUGAAUACAGUCAACAUUAUUUGGAAGAAUAUUUUAGACUUCUUUAUUGGAGCUCUUGUUUUCUGGGCAGUUGGAUUCGCCUUUGCUUUUGGAGACCUCCCCGAAGAUCAUCCUCAUGCAAGCUCGAAUCGUUUUAUCGGGCUUAAAUUCUUUUUCGACAUGGGAAACCCCUACGAGCCAGAAAGAAGUGGUUUCGCUUUUUGGAUUUUUAUGUUUUCUUUCGCUGUCAACGCAGCAACAAUUGUUUCCGGCUCUGUUGCUGAGCGUUCUCAGAUUGGCGCUUAUAUAAUCUACACGACCUUUAUAACGGGCUUUAUCUUCCCCGUAGUCGCGCACUGGUCUUGGACAGAAACUGGAUGGCUACGAAAUCCGAAGAUUGAGAAUUUCUACCGCCACGAUUACUCCUCCAACGGGACUUUCUUCUACGACCAGAAUCAACCAGUCCAAUUUAUUGAUUUCGCUGGUUCGGCCGUUGUCCAUUGCACAGGUGGCGUCGCCGGGUUGAUUGGAGCGUGGUUUAUGGGUCCGAGAGGAGGCCGUUUUGGAAAGGAAAACGAAGGACUGUUCUUCGGCCAUAGUGUUCCACUCAUCAAUCUUGGUUUCCUAUUCCUCUUUAUUGGCUUUUUAUGCUUCAAUGGAGGAUCAGAACUGGCAAUUGUUGGCCCCGGAAAUCACGGAACAACUGUUGCUAAAAUCUUUGUCAAUACGAUCCUCGGCGGUUCGGCGGGAGGCAUCGUUUCGCUGGCCUACAAUUACUUGACCCUGCGAUGGAAAAGGGGUUACGCUGACAUUUCGCUUUACUAUCUGAUGAAUGGCGCUCUUGCUGGAUGGGUAGCCAUUGCUGCGGGAAGCAAUAGCUUGACACAGGCUUACUCUCUUCUUGUCGGCUCUUUAGGGGCACUCUUUAUGAUCUUCUCGAAAAACCUCCUGGAAAAAUUUGAAAUCGACGACCCUUUGACUGCUUCGCCGAUUCAUCUUGGAGGAGGACUUGUUGGAAUCUUCUUGACGCCGAUUUUCAAGCAUGAUGGACUCAUUGCUUUCGACAUUUGUCCCGUCCAAGAGCUCGAAUACAUCCGAAAAUAUCCAAACGGGACUGAUUUUCGAUGCGACUUCUUUGAGUGGAAAGUCCUCGGCUGGAACAUUGCCGGAACUCUUGCCAUUCUAGUGUGGACAAUUGCCCUGUCUGGGGCUGUUUUCUGGUCUCUCAAAAAGCUCAAACUUCUACGAGUCCCUGCUAGCAUAGAAAAAUACGGAUUGGAUAAGCUGAAACAUGGCGAAGAUGCAUAUCCACUUGAUUCUUAUUUUGGCUGA